GGUAGGUGCCACAGCAUGAGGUCAUCAUUGUCAUCAACAGCAGCAGCAACCAAGAAUUGCACGUGUCGUCGUGGGGCUGAAUUCCGGCCGUCGUGGGUCCUUCCCGAAGGUGUCAGUGUGCAGAACCCAGCUGCGAUGUCCACGAGGUGGUCACGUAUUAAAGCUAAACCGAACGCGGUGCGUAGACGUGAAACAACCAUCACGCAGCUGCAGCGAGAAACACCACCGUGCGUAUCGGUUGUCGACGACGUUGAAGCGAUUGCCGACACUACUGAUGGACUAGAAGCGAAUGCCGCCGAGCUGCCAGGCGUCCAUAGCGUCGCGGACACUCCCGAUACCGAGGAACAUCACCAAGCCGCACCACACGCGCAGACAACGAGCUACGCCAAGAUCGCCACCGGUGCUGCCGACAAAACAUUUGCAUUCAGGAAGUUCGAUGGAGAUCAGGCACCCAAGAGGCCAGAUGGCGUGGCAAGCGGGCUUGCUGUGGAAGCGGAGCUCGGGUUCUCUGGCAAUGCGCCGUCAUACCUGCAGUUGCCAGCCCUUUGCAACCGAGAACCCAAUUGUGUCCUUGAACUGUGCCAACGGGAAGAACUGGAAUUUAGUCCCGCCAAGAAAAGUUACUACGAACCGCGAGUAGGAAAGACUUACAAGAUCAUGGAAGAAUAUAUUUACUACAACCCAAACGGGCAACUCAUGUCGUGCAACGAGAUGCCUUCGCAACAUGUUGAAAUGAUGUCGACAGCUCCGAAUUGGGACGCUCUAGGAAACCAGACACGUGAGUCGACAUCGGAAGGGGAACCGGAGCCGGCGGAGGCAAGAGUUACUGUCGGCGUCGACGGCGAAAUUGCUCUCGAAACGUCGGCCUUGCUGAGGCAGCAGGAUCCUUGUACCACCUCCAGUGUCGUAUUCUACGAGACAAGUGUUCCUGAGGCGACUUAUUCGUCAUUCCGAAAAAGAUCUUCCAGUAAGCGCUGCUGGACCGCGGAAGAAACUGCGCGUUUCUACCAUGCGCUCAGAAUAUUCGGCACCGAUUUUGACCUAAUGACAACUGCUUUCCCAAAUCGGACGCACAAAAACCUCAAGAACAAGUUCAAGCGAGAACAGCGUGAUAACCGAGAGCUUGUACAGAAGUUAAUCAAUGACCCAACGAAAUUCAACCAAGUGGCUUUCGUGGACGCGUUCAGUGAGCCAAAUGAACCGGAGCCGAAUCCGCGACAUGUUUAGGACUGCUCACAAAAAGCUUCCUUUUUCUGCAAGGAAUCUCCGUAAAAUUCCUUGCUUAGAGGCAGCAUCUGAAAGAAGCCCUUAGGGGCCUUUUGUGUGGCGAAGACCACGAUGGUCGUAGACGUCGAUGUAGAGGGAGCGUGGUAUGAUUCUAGGUCCGUAAACUUUUUUCUGAAGCGAUAAGUAUGCUGACGAGUAACACGUACAAUAUGCAAGAGCACCAUGUCAACAUGACUGUGCCCAGGUCAGAAUGACUUAACUUGCUUGACUUAUUGUGCACUCUUAAGCAAGAAUUUUGUUCGAUUCAUAACUCAAGAGUACGUUAUUAAGUACCUCGACUACUAAAUCUACGGCAAACCAAUAACGUUGUUACGUUUUCUCUUGACCUUCGAGUAUUUUUGAUUGGAAAUAGAAGCUGGAUAUGCCUGUGCCAAAAUAUUAUAGGACUAAAUAAUGAUUACAAAAUAUAGACUUAAAACUUUUAGGCAUAUCAUACUUGCGUGUGCUGCUGAUUACGCCGUGAGCUAUCCUCACUAAGAAGUCAAAAAAAGAAGGAUAUUAGGACUGCACAGACCGG